AUGGCGCCUUCGACCUCAGACAAGCCGACCUUUGACAAGCCGCUACAACUCCCUCUCUCGCAGGAGGACAUUGACCGCAUCAAUGCCUACCUCCGCGACCUAACUCCUGAACAAAUCCUAUCGUGGGCGGUCGAGCAUGUCCCUGGUCUCUUCCAGACAACCGCCUUCGGGCUCACAGGGCUCGUCGCCAUCGACAUGCUCUCGAAGAUCACACAAAACCCGCCCCCGCUCAUUUUCAUCGACACGCUGUACCACUUCGCGGAGACGUACGAGCUCGUGGAGGAUGUGAAGCAGCGGUAUGGCCGGGACGUCCAUGUUUACAAGCCUGAGGACUGCGCGAGUGCAGAAGACUUCGAAAAGCGGUAUGGCCAGAAGCUCUGGGAGACGGACGAGACCACAUACGACUAUCUCGUUAAGGUCGAGCCCGCGCGCCGUGCAUACGAAGAGCUCGGAGUGAAGGCGGUCAUUACCGGCCGCCGCGCCUCGCAGGGCGCAGACCGCGCGAACCUGCAGCCGAUCGAGGUCGACAGCACAGGGCUCGUGAAGCUGAACCCGCUGUUCGCGUGGACGUUCCCGUUCGUGCAGUGGUACGUCGACGAGAACAAGGUCCCGCGCAACAAGCUGCUCGACCAGGGCUACCGGAGCAUCGGCGACUGGCACAGCACCGCGAAGAGCGCGGACGGCGAUCAGGGCGAGCGCGCGGGCAGGUGGGCGGGCAAGGCGGACAAGACGGAGUGCGGGCUGCAUGUGGACUACUUCAAGAUGAAGGCUACUGCGGAACAGAAGGUGUGUCUCUCGCAGUUCGUCCUUGGUCCGCGACGCUCACUGUUCGCCCAGUUGAAGGAGAAGGCUCUCGCCGAGCAGUCCGCUCCUGCGCCUCCUGCAGCGCCCGCGGUUGAGACUAGUGCCUGA